AUGGCUCAACAGUCACCUCAGCAACAUCAUGAUAUCGUCCCAGUCUCUCUCGGCAUGAACGAGAAGGACAACGAAUUGGUUCACAAUGAUCACCUUCAAACGGCCGAAGAGAUUCGAAGAACAAUGUCCAAAGGAGGUCAGGUACAAAUGAGGUCUCAAUUUGACGACAUGGGGAUUUGGGCAUCUGUCAAACAAAAUAAGAGGAUCGCCUUUGUAGCCAUGGCAGCCGCAUUUGCCGCUUCCCUUGAAGGCUAUCAGCGCGUAGAGGUAAAUUUGAACGGUGGUAUCGUCUCAAACAAAGGUUUCAUCGCCAUCAUGCCUCACGACGCCAAGGGUGCUAUUUUGGGCACAUAUGUCUCUUCUUGGGGAGGGAUACAAAGUGCAGGUCAGACUAUAGGACAAAUCUUUCUUCAAUACGCCACAGAUGCCCUGGGCCGAAAGGUAGCUUUGUAUAUCCUAUGGCUCUGUCUCGUAGCUAGCGUGAUUGCCGAGUGUUUGGUUAAAGGAUGGCAAACUUGGCUGAUCGCUAAACUCUUCUCUGGUAUUGGAGUGGGUAUGCUCCAAGCAACUUUACCCGUUUAUAUCGCCGAAAUUGCCCCUACACAAUUAAGGGGUUUCCUUAUCAAUGCUUACACCUUCUGGUUCUGCGUUGGACAACUUCUCGCUGGAGUUGCCUUAAACCGAUUAAAUGCCAAGAACCCUCUCGAUUUCAAGGACGCCAUCUACACUCAAUGGGCUAUGCUCGGAAUUAUGGGUAUCAUCUUUGUGCUUCUCCCUGAAUCCCCUUGGUGGCUCGUCAGCAAAGGCAAACUUGACAAAGCAGGUACCAUGUUACAGCGAUAUUAUGGACGUAUUGAGGGGUACAGCGUCUCGGAUGAAGUUGCUGUUAUGACCGCUACCAUUGAGGCAGAGAAACAAGUUGCUGCUAGAGAAGGUCAAGAAGGUCCGUUUGCGAUUUUCCAGGGGUCAAACUUGCUUCGUCUCAUCAUCGCCUCCUGGCCCAAGAUUAUCCAACAGUUCGUCGGUCUCAGUGUCUUCAAUUCUUAUUCAACCUAUUUCUUCCAACUUGCUGGAAACAAGAAUCCUUUCCUCGUUACAGUCAUCCUAGGAUGUGUCCAGCUUCUCGCGAUGCUCAUUACAGCUUCCUUAUCUGACUCGAUCGGUAGAAGACCUCUCACAGUCUACCCUUACGCUAUUACCUCCGCCUCUGUCCUCGCGCUUGGUAUCAUCGGUUGCUUUGAUUAUUCAAGUAAAUCUCUCGGUUCCUUACUUAUCUUCUUCGCUUGUCUUGCUACCUUCACAACUACGGGCGCAUCGGCCAUUGGAUAUGCCUACGCUGCUGAGAUCCCUACGCAAAGACUUCGAGCCAGAACAGCAGGUUGGGGUCUUGCUAUGUCAAAUAUGGUCGCCAUCCUCUUCAGUUUCUGUACUCCACUCAUGCUCAACGGACCUACUGUACAAUGGAACGUGAAGACCGGAUUCUUCUUCGCCGGUACGGGGACAGUAUCGACGAUCAUAGGAUGGUUCUUAUUGCCUGAAGUCGCGAGAAGAUCUCCUGCUGAAAUCGAUGAGAUGUUCGAGAAGAAAGUACCCAUGAGAAAGUUCAAGGGAUACAAAACGGAAGUUGAGACCGUGGCAGAGGAGAACAAAAGAAUGCAGCAGGGCUUGUAA